GUCAGGCAGGACACAGCGAAUUGAUAAGCACAGACCGCAUCUGCGAUUGCGAUCUGCUACAAACCAUCCUCAGACUUGCUGACCAGAACGAUGUCCGGUUCUUGAUUUUCGGCUUUCGGCUUGGAUACCCCGACGUCCGAGAAGCUGGUGCUUUGCGGCCCUACACGAUGAGGUUGCGUUGAAGGCUGCAACAGCUUUUAUCCAAAUUCCCUGGGUCUGGAAUUCCUACGGUCGGCCAAAGCCUUGCGCGCCGCCAACAUGAGCGACCUUGACAGAUGGAUCGCCCAACUGCGAGCAUGCCGACCCAUAGCGGAAUCCGAAGUGCGUGAGCUCUGCCACAAGGCGAGGGAGCUGCUUAUCGAGGAGGGGAACGUUGUCACUAUCAACGCGCCGGUCACAAUAUGCGGCGAUAUCCAUGGCCAGUUCCACGACCUGAUGGAACUGUUCCGGGUGGGCGGUGAUGUACCCGACACCAAUUACCUCUUCAUGGGCGACUUCGUCGACCGCGGUUUCUACUCGCUCGAGUCCUUUCUCCUCCUCCUCUGCCUCAAAGUCCGCUACCCCGACCGCAUGACGCUCAUCCGCGGCAACCACGAAUCGCGCCAGAUCACGACCGUCUAUGGCUUCUACGACGAGUGUCUGCGGAAAUACGGCAGCGCCAACGUCUGGCGCUACUGCUGCGACGUCUUCGACUACCUCGCACUUGGCGCCAUCGUCCUCGGCGCCUCCAACACGGUCGGCGGCCAGCCCGACGACGUCGAGAUCGAGAUACACAACUCCGACGGGCAGGUCAUAUCCCGCUUCCUACGUCAGAAAGGUGCGGACAACAACAGGCUAGGAGGGAAGGGCGGCGGCACACCUAACGGCACCGCCGCUACCGCUAAUGGCGCACCACCACCAGCCUCCGCGCCGCCAUCUCUCACCGGGCCGCCAGGGUCGGGCGCCUCCGGAUCCAGCUCCGGUUCGAUUGGCAACCCGGCCGGUGCCGUCCUCUGCGUGCACGGCGGGCUCAGCCCGCUGAUCGAUAAGGUCGACAAGAUCCGGCUGCUCGACCGGAAACAGGAGGUGCCGCACGAAGGGGCGAUGUGCGACCUGCUGUGGUCGGACCCGGACGAGAUCGACGGGUGGGGGCUGUCACCUCGGGGCGCCGGUUUCCUGUUCGGCGCCGACAUCGUGAAAGUGUUCAACCAUCGCAACGACCUGAGCCUGAUCGCGCGCGCGCACCAGCUCGUCAUGGAAGGGUUCAAGGAAAUGUUUGAUGCGAGCAUCGUGACGGUGUGGUCGGCGCCCAACUACUGCUACCGCUGUGGCAACGUGGCCGCGUUGCUUGAGCUGUCUGAGGACGAGUCCGGCUUGGGCGUGCUCGCAAGGAGUAAUGGGGAGGUGAAUCGGAGUGAUGGGGGCGGGAUGUUGAUGGAGGGCGAUCUGCUGGCGCCGAGGACAGGCCCGGCUAGGAAAUACCGCGUCUUUCAGGCCGCGCCGCAGGACUCGAGGGGAAUGCCGGCUAAGAAGCCAGUGGCCGACUACUUUUUGUGA